UUCUCAUUGCUCGUAACUCUCGGGGGCCCAACUCCGCUAACCCGUCCGCCUCUCUGAGCUCGCCGACAGAAACGCAUGCUGCCGCUGCAGGCAUCUUUCGAUCGGCAGGCUCGCCGCCAUGGUACCUCGAGGAGUGCGAAUCUGACGAGAUGGUCUCUGCCCUGAGUCUCGAUGGCGACUACGAGGAUCCCAUUGAGAUAGACGAGACGUUCACGGAGAACAGUCGGUUCCCGGGCACAGUCAAGAUCAUCGUCGAGUCUACGACUUUCUGGGCGCACAAAGAAGUGCUCUACUUUGCGUCUUCGUUCUUUCAGGCAGCCCUCAGCGGUGCUUGGGCCGAGACAGGGCGACCUCAAUCCACCGUCUCAUCUGUGAUCACCAUUUCUCAGCCGCCGACCGUACCCGGCAGACAAUCCAACAUAGAAGACUCUCCCGAUAUGACGUUCGCCCCCCCUGAUCCUGACGUGGAUAUAGAAGACUUAGACCUCGACGGUGAGCCCGAAAUAGACCCUAGUCCGGGUGACAAGGCAAAGGCCCGAGAAGAUAGUCUCAGCAAGCUCGAGAAUAGCGGUACGUCACCAUCCUCACCAAGACCGCCAGAGGGAGAGAAGGGCAAGGAGAAAGCCAUCGGUCUGAAGGAGAAGCGUCGCAGGAAGGACAAGAAACCUGACGCCAUCAUUAUCCUGAAAGAGGAGAAAGCGUCGACGUUCCACGAUUUCCUCAAAUUCGUAUACCCGCAUCUUGUGUGCACAAUCACAUGGAACAACGUAGAAGGCCUCAUGAAUAUAUCACACAAGCUUCAUGUUAGUUCGCUCGAGCGGGAAUGCUUGACUUUCCUCGUUACGCAUGCCGCCGGCCGGCCGAUCAAGGCAAUGCGCAUUGCUGAGCUAUUCGGUGAAGAAGAGCUGUAUCGCGAAUCAAGUCGCUUCGUACUCGACAACCCUGGUGGAUGGGGCGAAGAGGAGCUCAGGACACUCAGCCAAGAGACGUUACUGAAGCUUGAGAAGCGGAGGACGUGGUUCCUGGAACGCGUGCUCAAGCUCGGACUAGUACAAGUGGCGAAGGAAUAUCAAUGCUGUGCGACAUGUCCGGACCCAUCGACUUGUGCACGCCUCCUGGAAGAGAAAUGGAGGCAAGCUUAUCAGGCCGUCUUCCGUUUCGGCCCUUGCCAACCAUCCAUGGGUGUCAGCCCUCCACUGUCCUUGACUCAUCUCAGUUGCCAGACCACAGCCAAGGCGUUCAUUGCUACCCUCUUCGACAGGAUGUUCUCGCUCGGUUUACGAGCGGGUGCAUCUACGGGCCCGCGCCGCCACUUCCUAUUCUGCACGCUGAAUGACCAUAAUACCCAUCGCAGUAAGCGUUCGCGCGACCUGCUGUCUUGACCUCGUUGGACAUCAGUUCCUUCGAUCCCCUUCCCUAUUACUUUCAUCUUGUUCGGCGG